AUGCUUUCUGUAAGAAGCUCUAUCAGAGGGUUAGCUACCCAAGUUAAUCAAGCUUCAUCGACUAUUCAACAAAAUGUGGAAGCAACUCAAUCUGUUAAGGAAGAAAGAAACGAUAAGACUUCAAAGCCCAAAAGAUUGCAACCAAACGCUUUAUUGCAUAUUGUUAAAACUAAUGUUAAUAAUGAAUUGGAUCAACAUAUACCAGUUCAAAAGAUUUACUCCCAACUUCAAUCGGAAUUGCAGGAGCUUGUAUCUCAAAACAGAAUCAACACUAGAGCUUUUGGAAAUAUUAAUCUUUUUAACACUGCUUUAUCAAGAUUGAUUCGUCAAAGUAAAUUGGAAUUAGAGAGUCAAAACCUUGGUGACUCAAACUCGAUUCCUCCAGCUCCAUAUGAUAUAUUACAAACAUCUUUGAAAUAUAAUCUAGCAAGACAUCAACACUUUACUUUAGUCAUGAGACAAUACUUGAAUGAAAAGAAAUUUGAGGAGGUGAUGAAUCUCUGGGUGACCUUCUUGGAACAUGCCAAGAAAAUUCCCUUGAAUACAGCUGCUACAAAGCAAAUUCAGGUCUUAACCUCAAUUUCAUACCUAAUGCUAUGUUGCCAAUCUAAAGCAAAGCCAGAAGCUAAAGUUAUUACCCAGCUUCUAAAUACCACACUUGAUGAAAUUCCAUUUUUAGUUAUGGAGCAGGAAAUGAAAUCAUUGAAGCUUGAUAGCUCUGCUGAGGAAGCUUUGUUUAAAUGCUACUCGGAUCUUUUAUUAGAAUGGUUUGUCUCUGACAAAGAUGCAUUCAUCAAUGGAUUCUUGAAAAGAUCUAAUGAUUACAAACUACUUUCUUACUUGUGGAACCAAUAUUUAAAAUUCGGAGCUGCGGACUACACUUCAUCAGAUCUACAAAUACCAUCCGCCUUCAUUGUCAGAUUUGCCGAGUUAAACAAAAGCUUAGAUUCCAUGAAAAUCGUUGCACAACUAAAGGAAGCAUCUCCUGAUUUCAAACCUAAUGUGCAAAUAUACAAUGCUUUAUUAGAAGCUGUUGCAUAUACUCCUGCUUUUGGUAGACAGGCUACGACUGUAAAGCUUGAUAGAAUCCAAGCUAUUUGGAACUCUUGUAUCAAAACGCAAGAAAACAUAGGAGUUGAUAGUUACAAGUCUAUGUUAAGGGCAUUGAACAAUUUGGGUAAUGUCAAAACUGCAGAAUCAUUUUGGGCUCUUGAUGUUCCAAAUGAUAUGAAGUCGAACAAAGAACUCUCUGAAGUGUUCUCGAUGAUUUACUUCAAUUCUGAUGAAUGCAAAGACUAUUCCAAGUUGAAACAAAAGAUUCCAAAGAAAAUUGACAAUUUAGAAUUAGCCAAUACUAUAUUAUUGGCAAUGGUCAAAGUCGGUGCACCAGCUAGUGACGUAGAUUCUUUCUAUGAUCGUAUCUUUUUAUCUACUACCGGUAUCAAACCCAAUGAUACAACAUUGGCAACAAGGUUGCUUGCAAACAUCAAACUUUCUAAGCUUUCUGAUGAGGCCGACAUUUUGAGUACCAUUGGCGUGUCUCAUUCCAGCGAAAGAGUGGUUCCUAUCAUUGAGGAAUACUUAAAGUUGUGUACGGAUGAAGAAUCUGCAACGGCUCUUUUGAAGGCGCUUAAAUUGGAUUUCAAAGGAGAUAGAUUUGCCAUGAAAGUCAGCAAAUUUUUAAACUUUUACCUGGAACAUGGCCAAUGGGAAGUAGCUGAAGAUUUGUUCAAGCAAGCUCUAACUGAAAAUGCUAAGUCGCCUACUUUAAUCAACUUUAGAAUGUUUAACUCCAUGUUCCAAGGCUUUUCUGAACUAAGUAUUAGCAGAAAUGACACUGGAUUUAUUUCCAAACAACAAGUUUACUGGGAACUAUGUGAUCAGAUUCACCACAAGAUAUUCAAAGAGUCUAUCAUUUCUACUCUAAAAUCGAUUGCAGAACUAUCGAGGAGAAAGGCCGACUUUAGUGAAUCUGAGUUAGAUUUCAUCAACAACACUGUUUUACCAUACCUAGUAAAGGCCAAGGCCAACAAUGAGUUUGUGGUGCAAAACCCAAGACUCUUAAAGAACAUAAAGACAAACGACAAGAUUCACAUUCCAAAAGAGCUAUUAUGA